UCUCAAUUUUGUUUGUUUUUAGAUGUUAGUUUAUUUAUUCUAUUCAUUCCAGAAACGCUAACGAUGACGUUGGUAUACAGAAAACCAAACUUUAAAAUCGUUCAACACACUCGCGUCGUUAUAAUUCUUUUAUUCAUUUUGUCCGCCAUGGUUAUGGUUUCAUUCCACGUAUCUAGUUGGAAGUACAACCCUCAAUUCCAGAAAAUAAGAUCAAGUUCGGACGAAUGUGAAUCUACGUCCGAAAAGAGGCGUUCUUAUGAAGAAAAGACCAGAAAACUUAUUACAGAAACUGGUGAUAUUGGAUCAGGAAAGCCUAGUAUUCCAUCACUGUCCGAACUGAAGUCAUUUCGAAACACUUUGGACAAAGUUAUAACAAUUGUUGAAAAGCGGGAUGAAAUUCUUAUUAAAGAGCAAAAGAAACUGGAACUUCCCCCACCGCUUUCAUUGGAGGAAGUGGAAGCUAAGAUACGAAAAUUGGAACAUGAAAACCUUCCUCCAAGCGAAAGGGAAUUUUUAACGGUGGCAGCAAAAUCGACGAGUCCUAAAUAUUACAAUGGAACAUUUUUAAGACGAUUCAGUCCUUACAACAGAGUAUUAUUGAGAAUGGAUGCUGUACACAUGAAUAUUACAAAACUUAUCCCGACAGGUGAAAUUCCACUGCAUCCACUUUCUAAAGAAGAGCCGUAUAAACCAAGAAUGCAAAAUAUUCAAGAAGCUUGCAAGAAGUACCCGAAUGGCAAGUUCACUGAUCUUAUCGACCUAAAACGAAUGUUGUACGACGACACGCAUAAAACAAUAAUGUGUGUCAUACCCAAGGCUGCUUGUACAACUUGGAAGUCACUCAUGUAUUAUCUAAUGGGGAAGAGUACGUUGGAAGAUGCUUUCAAUGUUAAGAAAAGUUAUCUUGUAAUGAAUUAUGGAAAAAUGAAAUCAAUGGCAAAGCUCAGCAGUCGAGGCGUAGUUGAAAGACUGAAUACAUAUACAAAGUUCAUGGUAACCAGGCAUCCAUACAGAAGACUUGUAUCAGCGUAUAAAAACAAGUUCCAAGGUGAAAAAACUGCGUUUGUAUAUUCUCAUGGGAGAGAAAUAGCACGUCACUUUAUUGCAAGUUAUCUAAAUGGAUACAACCUUAAAUAUGCAAGACACACGAGACAAGAGGCGCUUGAAACGAUUACCUCAAAUCCAGAGUUUUUGAAAUUAAAUCAGGCUGAUCAACUAAAGGUGAUGGACAUUACAAUGCGUGGAUUUUCUGGCAACAUCACUUUUGACGAGUUUAUCAGACACGGUGUCAUUGCAAAGGCUGAUAUUCCGAGAAAUCUAGACAUUCACUGGCGUCCUCAACAUUUGCUGUGCAAUCCUUGUGCUAUAAAUUAUGAUUAUGUGGUUCGAUUCGACGAUUUAGAAUACGAUUCAGAACGGAUUUUAGACCAUAUUCAACAAAGUGAUCCUAAAGAGAAAUGGAUUAAGUUCCCACCUGGAAAGCCGGCAGUAAACCCUAACGUUACUCAAGAAUACUUUUCAAAAAUUUCAUCGGAAACUUUAGCAAACCUGAGAAACAUUUAUGAAAAAGACUUUCAGUAUUUCAAAUACGAUUCUGAGAAUUAUUAAAAUAAGAAUAGCUGAUAAGGAUAAAAAUGCAAUAUCUAGACAUGAUACUAUACUAAAAUUAGUAGCAAUAUUUAUUGUGUUACAAAUGAAAUCACAAAUUAUUGACGGCAUCCGUCUGUGAGUUUAAAAUGUUGUCGGUAUCCAUGAUACUAUAUUUAAUUUUUUUUUUAAUUUCUUGAAAAAACUUUUUGUGUUUUUUCGAUCCUAUUUAUCUGAAGCGUUAGUUUUCAGAUAUUUCAUACUUUGUCCAUGUUUCAAUGCCUCAUUCAAAUUUACCCUAAUCGAAAGAUAUAUUAUUUACACUUUAUAUUGUCCACUGUGUUUCAUUCCUUAUUUUUAUGUUUAAUCCCUGCACAAAUAAACGGUACUUUAUGUUAUUUGAAUUUUAAUAAUGAAAA